AAUAAGUAAACAGUAAACAAUGUAAACAUAAUAAUUUUUAAAAUUGCAUGAUUAACCGCCAAGCGCCAUAUUAUCUUUUAACUUUCUAAAAUGAAUACAUUUUAAACGUAAGUAGUUUUAACACUUGCAUUUCAUUAAAACAGUUUAAAAAAAACCAUAAUGGAUGACUUCGUAAGACAAACGUUAACAAUUUCUGUUGCCCAAAUAUGUAAUAAUAUUGGGUGGCAUUCAAUAACAGACUCUUCGAUGAAAAUUCUGACUGAUAUUCUUCACCACUAUAUCAGUGAUUUGUCUAAAACAUCUAAAAAAUACGCUGAACAUGCAUAUAACAAUGUACCUGAUAUCGAAGAUGUAGAAAAGGCCUUUCGUCAGAAAUCGGUAUCUUUGGUUGAAUUGCGUAGAUAUGUAAAAAGUACAGGUCCAGUUAAAUUUCCUCAUAAUUUACCUCUUUUAAAUAUACCGGGAAAAAAUGUAUUAAAUACAUUGAAGCCAGGAAGUAGAGAAGUUGUGACUAGACCUGUUCAUAUUCAUGAACAUCUUCCAACAUUGUAUACAGAACAAAUUGAAGAAGAAAAAACAACAGAUAUAGAGCAAAGUCAAAAAAGUAUUGAAAAUAUUAAACAAGAACCAGAAGAAGUUAUUUUACACAAACGAUUAAGAGAAAUUUCAAGUGUAGUUAUGACAUCUGGUGGGUUUUUAUCACCAUCUAGAGAAGGCAGAUUGGCAGAAUCUAAAUUAUUGCCAUUUCCAGAAAUUAAAAUCGAUAAGCCUCUUGAAACAUCUAAAUUGUCCAGUAUUUUACCUAAUUUAACAAAAGAACCAUCACAAAGAAUUUCAACCAACAAAAAAAAAACUAAAUCAGGAACAAAGAAAAAACUCAAAUCUUCUAAAACAAAAAAAAUACUUUUACAACAAAAAGAACAAAAACCAGAAGAAUUGAAAAAAAAAAAGAAACCAAAGGAAGAAAAAAUUCUAGAACCAGAAUCACCGUCUAUUCCAGAACCUGUUAUAGAGGAAAUAAUUGAUAUUGUAAAUGUUACUGAAAAUAUAGAAGUUCCAAAAAAAGUUAUUCUAACACCCCAUACUAGUAAAGUAAAAAUGGAAGAAGUUCUGCCCAAAUUUUCAUUUUUUGGUMCUUUACCUUCUGGACCUGGAUUAAUACCAACUACAUUUCCACAAAUAAUUAAUCCUGUAAUUAAUGUACCUGAUAUAAUAGAAAAACCAGUAAGUCCUGUAUUACAAGUUGAAAAUGAAGAUAUUAAUCGCAAAGAACAAAAGAAAAAGAAAAAAGACAAAAAAAAAGGCAAAAAAGAAAAAAAAAAGCAAAAAGAUAAAGUAAAGGAAAAGGUAAAAGAAAAGGAGAAAGAGAAAGAAAAGAAAAAAGAAAAAUUAAAAUCUACCAAUAAAGUGCCAAAACUAAAAUUCAGAUUUGGGGCUCGAUUAGAAACUGCAACAAAAGUUUUACCUGUUGAAAAAUCACCAGAAGUUAAUAUAACCAUAGUUUCAGAACCUGAACCAAUGGAAGUUGAAGUAGAUAUUGAAUCAAAAUCAGACAUUUCUACAGAUAUAUUACACACCACAGAUUCUCCUCCUAAAGUUCCUAUUCAAAAAAAUAAAACUAAAACUGUUACAAAACCCAUUCAGCCUGCAGUUAUACCUCCUGUAGAUGAAACUCCUCCGCCAGCAUUCUAUUUUGAUGAAGCUGGUAAUCAAGUAUGGAUAUGUCCUAUGUGCACUAAACCAGAUGACGGUAGUCCAAUGAUUGGUUGUGAUGGAUGUGAUGUUUGGUAUCAUUGGGUGUGUGUCGGUAUCCAGUGUCCUCCAGACUGUGCUGUUUGGUWUUGUCCAAGAUGUUUGGCUAAACGAGCUCAACAACCAAAAGGUAAAAGAGGUAGACCUCGAAAAAACAAAUGUUAGUAUGUUAUUGUUGCAUUAAAAUAUGCUCUAACUUACAUUUUUUUUGUAUUAAUUUUAAGAUUUAUUUGUAUUCAAAAAUAAAUGUUGUAUGGCAUUUAAUUAAAAUCCAACCCACUCAGAAUUUACAUUUAAUUUACAUCAAAUAUCAAAUUACUCUUUCAAGUUAAAGCAUGUCUAACUACAUUGUUUUAUACAAAUUUAUUAUUCAGAGUUAUUUGACAUUUUUGGUACAAAUUGAUCUCAUUUAUAAAUAGAACAAAACAUUAACUAAGUAUUAUAUUAUUAAAGUUACUUUCCAAAUUAAU